GAUCCAGCCCCUUCCUGUGCCGCUUGGCUCUCCAAACCGGGCUGCAACCGAGUCUCUUUCCAUCGCGGAUGUGGGUUUUUAGGGGAGAGAUCACCCCAAGCCAAGAAUCGGACGAUGGCAUGAAGAAGCCUUGGAUCGUUGCCUGGUGAUCCCGUGCCAUGGGUAUCGUGUGCAUCCUCUGACACGUGUAGGAUCCAGGAGCAAAAGGGGGACGCGCCUCUCCAAGCUUGGCUCUCGUGGUGUCUUUGAGACGAUGGAGCAUGCGCGCAAGGGCCGCCAACGGGCCUCGGAAACUAUCCGCAAGCAGAAACGCAAGGAGCUGGAUGCCAGGCGGGGCAAGUGCCGGAUUCGUAUUGGCAGCCACCUGGAGCAGUGGUGCCGGCUCAAAGAGCAGCUGGGGUUUUCCUUGCACUCCCAGCUGGCCAAGUACUUGCUUGACAGGUACAAUUCGCCUAGCUCAGUGGUGAAAACAGGACAGGAUGGCUCCAACACCACUCCCCAUCCCUUUCCAUCAGAUGCACUGCAGGACCUUGUUGUCCUAUCUCACAAUCACAGCCAAGAGUGCGGCUUCAUCCCUAACAUGAAGUCCACUGUCCCGGAUCCCAAAGGCAUCCCAGAUGGCAUGCUAUGGGAGUGCCUGGCUGGCCACACCUUCUCUUGGAAACCCCCUACGCCACAGACCUGCACGGAAACCCCCUGCAAAACCACCUCUGGAGGAGACCAGGAGAAGGAGAAGGAGAAGGAGGAAAAAGCUGUGAGUUCCCGACUGAGCCCCCCUCCCUCUCCGGCCAUCCGACGCCGGCGUUCCCUCCGCAGGGCCGCAGCUGCCCAUGCCUUUUCCUUAGCGCUUGCCUCUGACUCGCCGUGUUCGGUGGAUGCAGCAGAGCCAUCUUCCAGAGAGGACGGGGAGAGCAGUGCAGACAGAGAGAAGACAGCAUGCAUGCCUCCCAGCAGCAGAGAAGGCCUGGGCAAGGAGGCAGAACCGCUGAGUGGCCAUAGCAUGGAGGAGACAGCCAUUCCUGCUGAAGAAAUAAUUCCAGGUAGAACAGAAUCCCCAGGGCCUGAAAACACUCAGAUUCCCCUGGAGGUGGUGCCUGAGUCGCUACCAGACCAACCAGAGGAGCAAAGACGAGGAGGGGAAGAUGAAGAAGGAGAUGAAGAUGAUUUGGUAGAUGAAGACAGCCUGGCCUAUGCAGAUGACUUGCGAGAUGAGAAUUACUAUCCUUCUCUAGAGAGGGACUCUAAGCUGCAGCGACACCACAAAGGCAGCAAAAGCCCUUCGAAAGAGGAGCAGCAGCAGCCCAUGAGUGAAACGUGUCUCGCCAGCCGGGACCUUUCUGCAGACAAGACUGGCGAAGUGGGCUUCAAGAAGCGAAUACAGCCUAAUGAUGAAGAUGUGGCCCAGAUUGGUCCAAAGCGAAUCAGGAAGGCAGCUAAACGGGAGAUUCUCCUUUGUGACUAUGAUGGCUGUGGGAAGAUUUUCUCCAACCGGCAAUACUUGAAUCAUCACAAAAAAUACCAGCAUGUUCACCAAAAAACCUUUACUUGUUCAGACCCCAGCUGUGGCAAGUCCUUCAACUUCAAGAAACACCUCAAGGAACAUGAAAAACUUCAUAGUGAUAAACGCGAUUACAUCUGUGAGUUUUGUGCCCGCUCCUUCCGGACAAGCAGCAACUUGAUCAUCCACAGACGAAUCCACACUGGAGAAAAACCUUUACAAUGUGAGAUUUGUGGGUUCACCUGCCGCCAGAAAGCCUCCUUGAAUUGGCACAUGAAGAAGCACGACGCCGACUCCUUUUACCAGUUUUCCUGCGACCUCUGUGGCAAGAAGUUUGAGAAGAAAGACAACGUCGCUGCCCACAAAAGCAAGAGCCACCCGGAAGCGGUGACUGGGCCUCCCCAAUCCAUAAUGGGCCAACCGCUGGCUAUGGAGCAGGUUGAUAACUGUGGACGGGUCCCGCCUAGAGACGUGCGGGAGAGGACAGGACACUCCUCUGUUGCCAUCACAGUCAUUAUAGAAUGACGGCUGAUGCAAAUCAAUGGGAAGGAGUGAGAUGGCAUUCCUGGCAAAUCCCAUUCAUGACAGAGAUGGGGUCUAGGAUCUUCCACCCAUGUAGACUACCAGCAAGAUUAAGGCCUCCCAAUUUGCAGAGUUGAGCAGGUGCGAAGGCCAUGAUCCUGCAAAGCACAGUCCCUCCAACCACAUUCCUUCACUCAGCUCAGUCAGUCCCAGCACUGGAGAGAUGUUUUUGCACUUAUCCGGCCUCGUUUCUGGAGGCCUAAGCUUUGCCAGGCUUCCAUUCAGACUCCCAUGUGACGAAGGAGCUGCGUCUAGAGCAGAGGUGUCAAACCCAUUUUCAUCAAGGCCCACAUCAGCCUUAUGGUUGCCUUCAAAGGGUCGUUUGUAAUUGUACGACUGUAUAAAUGUAACUAUGUUACCCUGGCAUUGGAAGCCUUGAGUGCCAUGUGAAAUGAUGUGGCCUGCUGGAUUUGGCUUGCAUUUGACAUGUGAGUUCUAGAAGCACCCAAAUUUUGCCUUAUGCAGUUCAGGAUUUAGCUGACAAUAGCACCCCGUGGUUGCUUUUUGUCUAAUCACAGCUGAGGACCUUCCAAGAUCCAGCAGUUCCACAUGGCCAGGCUUUCUUCUUUUUCCAUGUGUCACCCCAAUCCAUUUCUUCUUGGGACAAAAUCCCUCUUCCCGGAGAGUGCACUUGCUGAAUAAAGCAGAGGACCUUUGCUUAUACAAAGCACGUGUUGCACUGCACAGCCAAGAUCAGAGCUUGAGGAUUCAGUGUCAAUGAAUGGCUGGAUUUUGUAUUUUUCUAUAAAUUAUACAACUCUCACAUAAUUUUGCUAACCAUAAGAAGCAGGCAACCUUCUGGAGAGUUAUCCCAGAAGCUGUACAGGGCACUUUAGUCCCAUCCCCUUGCAAACCUUGGCAUUGGCUUUUGCCCACCAAUUGUCAAAGCUAAAGCAAGUAGCAAAGUCCUUGUGGUUUCCCAAAGGGCUAGCUUUGGUCUGUGUGUGUUUUUAAUUGAAGUUGGAAUUCUCAGGUAACUAUAUUUUGAACACUCUGGAUUUAUUUCUGCAUUAAAUACAUCUUGAUCUGGC